AUGAACGAUAUACAGCACCAUAUAAGGAAUCUAGUUUUUAAUACUUGUGACCAUAUCAAGAAGGAAAUUUACCUUCUCAAAAUAAAUCAUAAUUUCCCUAUAACCAUAAAGCUACUUUUCUCCUUUCCACAGAUCCUCCUUCUGCUCAGUUUGGCAGCCAUCGUUGCCGCAGACAGCCGUAAGAUUUAUCGCCCAACUCAGUCUUCCCAGGAAACCUCCGAGUCCUCCGAAGAAUCCUACGAGUCUUCGGAAGCCAAAUACAGCUUCAACUGGGCCGUCAGCGACGACUCCUCAAGCAACGAGUUCGGACACCAGGAGGCCCGUGACGGAGACCACACUCAGGGAUCGUACUACGUGCAGCUUCCCGACGGCCGCCUGCAGACCGUCAAGUACUUCGUGGACGGCGACUCCGGCUACGUGGCCGAAGUCAACUACGAGGGCGAAGUCUCCGACGAGUCUAACUCUUCCGAGUCUGAGGAGGAUGUAUCAGUAUACGAGUCGUAGUAAAGAAAAAGUUGAAUUAAUAUGUAUAAGGACUGUUACUCUUGUUUGUUUAAAUACAUGAUGAUAAAGAAAACACGA